CGAGCCUCAAAUUAUGGUAACACUGUUGAAAGCGUCCAUUUGACGUGUAACAACUAUCUCGAAACCCGAUCAAGGCGACCAUUCGAAGCCCUCUACGCUGUUGCGCUCAACCUAACGCGUCGAACAAAUAUUGAGCGACCAGGCGCCCCUCCAUUCUCAGAAUAACUGCUUGCGCCCAAGUGCCGAUUUUGCUCAAGAAAUCAAAAAUGCUGGGUCGCAUUGCGGUUUCAGUGGCGUGAAUGAAAGAGAUAGCAAAGCGACAUUGGCGACGACAAAGAAUAACAAUACCUGUCUCGCGUGAUGGUCAUUCUCCCUUUGGGACCGACAUAGGCAAGGACCGCAAUACAUACUACAAUCCCUGACUGCUUCCAUGCCGCCUCUAACCUCCGAAGAGCUGGACCAGCUAAUUGGCACCGACCAGAAGACGCCCGACGAUGAACAGUCACCCGCACAACUUUCAGCAGACGGGUCUCCCGAGCAUGCUGGAGAGGCGUCAGAGGGAGAGCAAAAUGCUUCAAAUGAGGACCAAAAGAGGACAGUGGUGGCAGAACAAGUUAACCUGCACAUUCCCAGUUCAGGAGAUAGUGCCCUAGGCGAACAGCUACAAAGAUCAGCAGAAGAGAGCCUUAGCGACAAUGAAGGCAAGAUCGAGGCCGAUGCUGCCUCCACGUCCGCUCCGCAAACCGACUCGAAGGAAGAUGUCACUAUGACUGACGCCGACGCGGAAGACGAGGCCGAAGAGGAUGAGGAUAAAGACACUGCAGCUGACGAUGAGGGCGGACAAGGCCAAGAGGGUGCAGAGGACGAUGAAAGCGAAGAGGAGGAAGCUACAGGUGACAAAGAAGCUGUAGACGGAGAAGAUGCGGAAGAACAAGAUCAGGAAGAAACAAAGAGUGGAACAACAAGGGACGAUAGCGAAGAAGACUCGGAAAGCAGCCAGGAAGAAGGUGAAGAAUCAUCAACAUCAACAUCAGCAUCAGCAUCAGCAUCAGCAUCAGAGUCAGCUUCUGGCUCUGAAUCUGGCACGGAGUCGGAAUCGCAGUCGGAAUCGGAAUCCAGCGAAGAAGACAACACGAGCGAGGCUGUCGACUCAAAACAAGACUGUGUGUUUUGCAACCAGACCGUAACCGCCGAAGGCGAGGAUGGCGAGUUGAAUUUGAGUUGCUCUGCCUGCGACAACCGAGCACACCAGAAAUGCGCUCGAGAACACGACUCACUACGUGAAGGCGAGCCAUCUCCUUGGCGAUGUCCGCAGUGUCCUGUUGACAAACCCGUGCAAUCAGAGUCACCCAAGGCUCGAAGCACACGAUCCAAGAAUUCGGCGCCCCGACUGGUUAGAGACUUGUUACCUGUGACGCGGGGCUUGCAAAAGCCGUAUUCCCAUUCGAUCUUUGCGCAACCGGUGAUUGGGGACGGUGACGACGGAGGGCGAGCUCUGAGGAAAAGGAAAUCGCCAACUCAGGAGCCUGCGCCCGUCGAGAAGAGACGACGAAAAGCAACCGAUCGAGCAUUGGCGGCGGCGGCGACAAGCAAAGAGCUGGCAGAAAAGAAAGCAGCGAUCGCGCACGCGACGAGGAGAUCAAGUCAAAUGAAGAUCACAAAACCCACCGCGCGAAUAUUGCAGCAUCGACCGUUCAACAAGCCGCCGCCUCACAAGUUCAUCCUUGCUUUUCGUCUAGAACAACCCAAGAUCGAAGCGAUCUUGAGUAAGCCUCCUCGUCCCGGCAGGAGAAGAGAGAGACGAUCUCAGCCGAAGAAGCCUCCGAAAAUACCGCCGCCACCAAUCUACCAACCUCCCGUUCCCAAAUUCCCUGCUCUGCCAACACAACACCUCAUCUUCCCUUCAGCUUUUAUCGACCGAGAAGCCGAGCUCAACGCCAAACCGUACGGCGGCAUCCUCCCCGAAGCGGAUGCAGAUACGAGUCGUUCACUGCCUCAACUCCGAGACCGCGAGAUUUUCGAGAUCGCAAGAAAAGAAGCAGAAGAAGAACGCCGCAGAGCAUCUGCGGCAGCCGAGGCGGAGAUCAACGGUGGAGCAGGGGAUGCUACUGCAGCUUCGACCUCUACCACGAAACCCAGUAGGUCCACAGUCUCUGGGCCGCCGAGCAAGAUCAAAUGCAUUCAGUUUGGAAAACAUGUGAUCGACACCUUCUAUGCUGCCCCUUAUCCGGAAGAAUAUUCACACGAAACCCGGUUGUUUAUUUGUGAAUUCUGCUUGAAAUACCUACCAUCUGAAUUCGUGGCGUACAGGCAUAAACUGAAAUGUCCAGCGAAACACCCGCCAGGAGACGAGAUAUAUCGUGAUGGCACGGUGUCUGUCUGGGAAGUCGAUGGAAGGAAAAAGACGGAAUAUUGCCAGUGCUUGUGCCUGAUGGCGAAGAUGUUUCUCGGAUCAAAGACGCUGUACUAUGACGUGGAACCCUUCUUGUUCUACAUCCUGACGGAGUACGAUGAGUUGGGAUAUCAUUUCGUCGGAUAUUUCAGCAAGGAGAAGCGGCCUGCAAGUCAGAACAACGUCAGUUGCAUCUUGGUGAUGCCCAUCCAUCAACGCAAGGGUUACGCAACCUUUCUGAUCGACUUCUCAUACCUUCUCACCAAAAUCGAAGGCAAAGAGGGAUCUCCCGAGAAACCUCUCUCAGACAUGGGUCUUACAGCCUACCGUUCGUACUGGGACCUCACCAUCUCGCGCCAUCUACUCGAUCUAGGCCUCAAACCAUUCUCCACAAAGAUCCUGAUGGCUCGAACGGGCAUGACAGCUGACGAUGUGAUUCAUUCCCUCGAACGCCUCUACGCAUUUACCAAAGAUCCAUUGACAAAAACCUAUGCAGUCAGGUAUGACAGGAAGUUGUACCAGAGGAUUGUGGACGAUUAUGAGGUAAAGAAACAUCGAAAGUUGAAGCCGGACAAUUUGAUGUGGACACCCUACAUUAUGGGGCGGAGCGAUCAGGCCACGUUAGAUGGGCAGCCACUGCAAGCGCUGGCUCCCCGGGAUGAGGAGGACGGAGACGAAGAAGACGAAGAAGUGGGCAGGGAGGUAGAUGUGGACAGCGACGUGAUGAUGUCGAACGCUGCCAAGUCCAUUGCUGGCGGCGAUUUGCCAGAGACUGAGGUGGAUGUGGAACGGCUUUCACGACGAUCAAAAUCAAAGUCUACAAGAGCGAUGUCUCGGCCAGAAUCGGUUGGGUUGCAGGAAGAGGACAUGGAUAUCAAGGACCCUUCUCUCGUUGACGCACAAGGACACGUGGCGCCUGGUCCCCCUUCGACGGCGGCGCUCAGCGGUGCUGAUGCAAUGUCUUUGGCUACUACUCGUCCGGAGAUCAAGGUCAAUGGACUUGUCAAUGGCGAUUCUCUGAAGGAGGGCAAUUCUCACCUUCAAGGCGAGACUGAAGAUAAGGAGAGUGGCGGUAACGGGGACCACCAUCAAGCAACCGGAGAGCAGCAAGAGCCAAACGGGAUGGCUAAGGAGGGAAAGGAAGCAGAGGCUCUACUCUCAGGCUAUGCCCUUGCCUUUCGCCAACAUUCGAUCCCACCUACACGUUUCCAAAUCGAUCCGCCAAUCCCACCAUCGAUGCUUCGACAAAGGAGCACGAAGAAACGCAGCGCCGCCACUGCCUUUGGGUCUGCAAGCACGCCAAAGACGAAAGACGGGGAAUUCCCUGCAUUAACCGCCGCCGCUUCGGCCGUGGCAGUAAGGAGCUCACCCAGAAACGCCAAUAACAACAACCACGCCGGGUUGAGUUUGUCGGGACCAGCACUUUCUGCCAACGGCAGCAGUGUUGCCAGCGCCGGAAGUGUAUCUCCGAAAGGACCCGGAACGCCUGUCAGGCGGAGCGGGCGACGAAGUGGGCUUUCGACAAUGACUAUACUGACAUCAGACGUGUCAGUCACGAACGACGACCAGGACGAUGCACCUGCUGAGGAAGACGAGGAUGCAGCACAAAUGGAAAGUAAAGCGGAGGACGAAGAAGAUGAAGAGGAACAGGAGCGGUCGUCGUCAUCGAGCGGUGACGAGGAGGAAGACGAGCCGGAGGCAUCGAUAGCUACAGACGAAGAAGAGAGCGAAGAAGAGGAAGAGGAUGCAGAAGAAGACGGGGAUGAUCCCAAUGAUGAAGACGCCGUCCCGGAUGAGGAAGACGAGUCCGAGGAUGAAGACGAGGACGAUGACGGAGACCCCGACGCCGAGGUUGAUCUAGCCGACGAGGAUGAGGAUGAGGAUGAAGACGAGGACGAGGACGAGGGCGAAGACGAAGACGCCGAAGCAGAAGACGAUGACUGAUGGGAGCCGUUGUCGCGCCUCUUUCUUCACUCCUCCCUCGUUCCAUCCUCGCUCUUUGCCCUGUCACGUCUCCAAAAUACGCGACCUCCUCACUGGCGCAGGACAUCCUGUUGUGCAACUCGUUCAGUUCACACGCCAAGAGAACGGCAGGACUGCCUAAGGAACCGGAACGCGCUGUACUCUCCAAGCUUCGCACUUUUGCAAAACAACGGGAUAAAGUAUCGCUAGAUGCCUACAUGGACGGCUAGGUGUGUACUUGAGCGGGAGUGGAUAUGUGGCUGGCGGGCAGAGUGGUAUUCGAUAGUUGCUACUUGCCGAUUCUUUUUUGGGCCGAGAGCUUGCGUCGCAAGACACAGCUUCGAACCGCAUUGUAUAGCAGGGGAACCAGACCUGGCACUACUAUUGGCGGCAGGUGGCAGCGGGAUGGCAGCGGGAUGGCAGCGGUGGGGAGUAUGGUCACCACCUACCAAGAUACCUACCUUAGAUACCUAUGUACCCAUGUACCAGCACCUUU